UUAAUUCAUCUCAAUCUGAUUAUAGGAUAUCUCAUAGCUUAUCCCGCCGCCGCAAUGGGUUCCUCCGGCAACCGUAGCAAUAAAGGAAAGACGGUGUCCAAGUCCGGCAGACGUCGCCGCCGAUCUUCCGACGACACUGCAUCAGACUCCGAUUCAAUGUCUCACACCGAGUCCGAAUCCGACUCGGCUCCGCCGAGUAGCAGCCGCCGCCGUUCAAGCAGUAGCAGAAGCAAAAGUCGAGGUCAUAGCAGCAGAUCGAGAAAUCAUGAUUACGCAGACGAAGAGAAUAGUGACGACGAGCGAAAGAAGAAAAAGAAGAAAAUUACUGAAGAAGAAAUUGCUUUGUAUAUGGCUAAAAAAGCACAGAAGAAGGCAGCGAAAGUAGCGAAGAAGUUGAAAACGCAGAAUGUUUCUGGUUACUCAAACGAUUCAAAUCCAUUUGGAGAUUCGAAUCUGAACGAAAAUUUUGUCUGGCGGAAAAAAAUUGAACGAGAUGUUACUCGAGGUGUACCGCUCGAUUCCUUCUCGAUGAAGGCAGAGAAGCAAAGGCAGAAAGAAAGAAUGGCUGAAAUUGAAAAGGUGAAGAAAAGGAGAGAAGAAAGAGCAAUGGAAAAAGCUCAACGAGAAGAAGAAUUACAGAUGCUAGCUAGAGAACGGGCCCGAGCUGAGUUCCAGGAUUGGGAGAAGAAGGAAGAAGAGUUUCAUUUCGAUCAGAGCAAAGUCCGGACUGAAAUUCGUCUUCGUCAAGGUCGUAUUAAGCCUAUUGAUGUUCUUAUCAAGCAAUUAGAACCUUCUGGAGAUUUUGACGUGGAAAUAGAUGAGCCUUAUGUGGUGUUCAAGGGUUUGGCUAUUAAAGAGAUGGAAGAACUUCAAGAGGAUAUAAAAUUGCAUAUUGAUUUGGAUAGGGAAACACCACUGCAUAUACAGUAUUGGGAAUCCCUUUUGGUGGUUUGUAACUGGGAAUUGGCUGAAGCUAGGAGAAGGGAAGCAAUGGACAAAGCACGAGUACGCGGAGAGGAGUUACCACCUGAAUUGCUUGCAGAAGAGAGGGGUUUGCAUUCCAGCAUUGAAACAGAUGUGAAGUCUUUGUUACAAGGUAAAGGGUAUGGUGAAUUAGAAGCAUUGCAGUCACAAAUUGAAUCACAAAUGCGAUCUGGUACUGCUAAAGUAGUGGAGUAUUGGGAAGCUGUUCUUAAACGGCUUCAGAUUUACAAGGCUAAGGCUUGUUUGAGGGAAAUUCAAGCGAAAAUGCUGCGCGAACAUCUUGAGCAUCUUGAGAAACCAGUGGAGAGCCGUGAUGUAGAGGUGGAAGAGACAUUGAGGACUGAUGAGGAAGACACGGAUCAUGAGCAAAAUGAUGUUCGAGCCAUGUCUCCAGAACCAAUCUUGAAUGAGGUAGUUAAGGAGAAAGAGGAGGAAGAGGAGGAGGAAGAAGAAGAAGACGAUGAAGAGGCUGGUUCUUAUUCGCCUGUGUUAAUGCACGGGGAUGAUAAAGAAGAAGCAGUUGAUCCUGAAGAGGACAGGGCAAUACUCGAGAGGAAACGUAUGGCUGUUUUGGAAGAGAGACGUGCCCAAGAUAAGAUUUUGCCACCAACUCCCGCGGAAGACAACUUUGAGAAGAAGGCUUUUAAAACUAUGGGAGCAAUGGAAGAAGGGGAUGUAGUAUUUGGCUCAAAUGAUGAAAUUAAUCUUGAUUCACAGGUGUACUGGUGGCAUGACAAGUAUAGGCCAAGGAAGCCUAAGUAUUUCAACCGUGUUCAUACUGGUUAUGAAUGGAACAAGUAUAAUCAAACUCAUUAUGAUCAUGACAACCCACCUCCAAAGAUUGUUCAGGGAUACAAAUUCAAUAUCUUCUAUCCUGAUCUUGUUGACAAAGCUAGAGCUCCAACAUAUGUCAUAGAGAAAGAUGGAGAUAGUGCUGAUACUUGCAUCAUAAAAUUCCAUGCUGGCCCUCCUUAUGAGGAUAUAGCUUUCCGAAUUGUUAACAGAGAAUGGGAGUACUCCCAUAAAAAGGGGUUCAAGUGCAUAUUCGACCGAGGAAUUCUGCAUUUGUACUUUAACUUCAAGCGUCACAGAUACCGUCGUUGAUGGGUUUCCAGAAGCACACUGCUUGUUGCAAAGUUCAGUGCUUUGUUAUCCAUUUCUUGUUUAUGUAUUUGUUAGGCCAGCUUGUAUGUGAUGUUCAUUCAUGAACGAAGAAUUUUGUCAACUUGCCAUAAAGUGUGAUACAAAUCUGGAGUACUUCUGAUUAAUUUGUGCUAAUUGCUGAACUGAAGUCACUGAUGGCUGACAACCUUUAAAGGUUAGUCUUUUUAGUGUUCCUUGUAUUCGUUUGCAUAAGAGAGAAUCUGUUUGUCCAA